AUGGCCGACUCAGUAAAGUACGGUGGCGUGCUUGACGCACACCGCACCACGAUCAAGGGGUGGGAGUUCUCGCGCGUCGUAUCCGAGACCGAGCCGGACGUUCAGGAGGAGUGGGCACAGUGCAAGGUCCCGACUAGCGUGCAGGUCGAGCUCAUCAAGGCUGGCAAGAUUAGGGACCCGUACAAGGGCCUUAAUGAGUGGGACUGCCAGUGGAUCCAUGAGUCCGCCUGGACGUUCCGUACGACCUUGCACGCCACGGCAGCCCAACUCGCGGCCCCACACGCCGACCUCAUCCUGGAUGGCCUCGACACAUACUGCACCGUCGUGUUGAACGGUGAAGAAAUUGCCAAGACGGACAACAUGUUCCUCUCACACCGGCUGAGCGUAACUGGGCAGUUGAAGGAAAGCAACACGCUCGAACUGCGCUUCGCUGCUCCCCUUCUCGAAGCGAAGAAGGAGGAGGCUGCCAACGGUGGUCCCAUGGCUCUCUGGAACGGCGACAGUUCGCGCCUCUACUCUCGCAAGGCGCAGUAUGGAUGGGGAUGGGACUGGGGACCCGUGAUCAUGACCGUCGGCCCUUGGCGACCAAUUUAUCUCGAAACGUAUGGAGUGCGGCUGGCCAACUUGCGCGUCGAUACCACCUUGGGACAGCGGGAUGGUAAAUGGGAUGCCGCUAAGCUCAGCGUGCCCGAGCUCGACGUGGUUCCUGCUAUGCCUGCUGGUGCCAAGCUCGCGUACACCCUCACAGACGCUUUGGGUAACGUCAUCAAGUCCGAGGUCACUGCCAAGCCCAAAUGGGACCUGACGGGCAAGGUCGACGCAUGGUACCCUAUCCACUAUGGUGCGCAGCCACUCUACUCGUUGGAGGUUGCGCUGCUCGACCGCGAUGGCACCGUCAUCGCGCGCACCGCCCAGCGUACCGCCUUCCGCCACGUCGAGAUCGUGCAGGAGCCUCUACCCGAUGCGCCGGGCACCUCAUUCCUCUUCGAGGUCAAUGGUGUGCGCGUCUUCUGCGGCGGCAGCAACUGGAUCCCGGGUGACAAUUUCCUCACUGAGAUGCCAGAGAGCCGGUACCGCGCAUGGGUCGACCUCCUUGUGAAGGGCAACCAGAACAUGCUCCGUGUCUGGGCUGGCGGCAUUUACGAGGCCGAGGCGCUGUACGACGCGUGCGACGAGGCAGGCGUGCUCGUGUGGCAGGACUUUAUGUUUGGCUGUGGCCUGUAUCCAUCGUACGACAAGAUCAACGCUAGCAUCAAGGCCGAGGCCGAGCAGGCCGUACAGCGCUUGCGGACGCAUCCUUCCGUCGUCAUCUUUGCCGGCAACAACGAAGACUACCAGGUCGCCGAGGAAAAGAAGGUCGUCGACUAUAACGACAACAGUGGGGACUACAUGCACACCAAGUUCCCGGGACGGCACAUCUACGAGAUCCUCCUCCCCGAGGUCGUCGAACGCUGCUCCGACAUCUUCUACUGGCCCUCUUCUCCUUAUGGCGGUAAGACCAGCGGUGAUCUGACAGUCGGCGACGUGCACCAGUGGAACGUGUGGCACGGGACACAGGAACCGUGGGCCAACUGGGACAUGCUGGCGGGCCGCUUCGUCUCCGAGUUUGGCAUGCAGGGGUACCCGAACAUCCGGACAGUGAACGAGUGGUUCGAGAAGGGGCAGGAAGACCAGGCGUUCCCCCAGAGCCGGAUCAGCGUAAACCACAAUAAGGCGGACGGAUUUGAACGCCGCCUCGAACUCUACCUCAUGGAGAACUUCCGACACGCCUUCGACAUGCCCUCGUACGUGUACUACACGCAGGCGAUGCAGGCUGAGACGCUCGGGGCCGCGUACCGCCUCUGGCGUAGGAAUUGGAAGGGCCGCGGGCGCGAGUACACCUCUGGCGCACUGGUAUGGCAGAUCAAUGACUGUUGGCCGUGUGUGUCGUGGGCCAUUUGCGACUAUUACUUGCGGCCCAAGCCGGCAUUCUAUACCAUCGCCCGCGAAAUGCGCACCUACACAGUCGGCAUGGCGCGUAAAGAGGUGCGCACGAACUCUCCUGGCAGCUUGGCACACUACACGAUCGAGCACGAGCUCGAGCUGUGGGCGUGUAACUCUACUCUACACCCCAAGGCUGCGACCAUCGAAAUGGUGAGCUUUGACCUCGACGCUGGUGAACUCGACCGCCGGACAUUCGACGUCGAGCUUGCCUCCAACGCCAGCACCGAGGUAUGGAAGGGCACGGUCCCGGGCCAGCCAACGCGCACCUCGCUCGCCCAAGUUCCAAGGCCCAUUGUCGUUGGUGCUCGCCUGAUUGCCAACGGACAGGUGUUGGCCCGCUACGCCAACUGGCCUGAACCAUGGAAGUAUCUCACGUUCCCGGACCCAGGUCUCAAGAUGGUGGUCAAAGGGGACGAGGUCUCGGUCUCGGCCGAGAAGCCGGUCAAGGGUCUUGUGCUUGAUGUCGAGGGCGACGAGUGCGAGUGGAGCGACCAGGCGCUCGACCUCAUGCCUGGCGACACGCAGGUUGUCGUCGCAAAGGGACUGAAUGGGCGUGAGGUCAAGGCGCGGUACAUUGGCGACGGGUCGGCGUGA